GAACACCAACCUCUGGUUUUUCUUCGUCUACCACCUUUUAUUCUUUUCCGAAGCAGUUUUACGCUACCUGUAUGAAUCCGGCGCACACUGGGGGGCAUCCGGUGAGGCAGGGUGAAGAGAAACAGAGACUACAAGUUAAGAUUGAAGCUGGGAACUAGUUGUCCAGGCGGAGGAGGAUGGUGGGCGGGCCGCGGCGCCAGCUGAAGAGUAGUAUGGUGCCGCCCGCCGCGCUCGUCACGUCGUGAGGAUGCGUCUGGGUGCAGGAGGCCGCUCACACUCGCUCCCGCACCUCCAUGAGCGCAACUAAUUGUGACCGCAUAUAAAGGGUUGACGUGGAACGAGGAGCUCAGUCAGUCCUCUCUGGUCUGUGGCGGUGAGUGAGCCGGCGGCCCGCCCUGCCUGCAGUGUCUUAGCUGGCUGCUGCUUGCUUGCUGCAACACUCGACCCGGCGGCCACCAUGAGCAGUCGCAUGCAGUCGGCACGGCCGCCCGCCUCCCUGGUGCACGGUGGUGGUGGCGGUGGCGGUGGUGGCAAGAGCAAGGGCGGGGCCGCGGGCGGCGCGGGUGGACAGAGGCCGCCCUCAGCCACGUCCGGCGUCCACGACCAGCGAGCCAAGACCAUCCUGAAGGAGGCAGUGGACGCUGUGGUCAACAGCUUCGCCAAGCACACGCAGGGCUACGGCAGAGGUACGUCACCUCCUUCUGCCGCUCCGUCACACUUUUUAGUGCCACUACCUACCCUCUCUGGCACCUUCACUCACCAUGCCAACACAAUGUUGCUUCCUGUGGCACCUGUGAUGAUUGUUGCUUCCAGUGACGCCUGUGAUGAUUCUUGCUUCCAAUGCUGAAUGUUGCUUCCAGUG